UACAGCUUGAUUGAUGGAGCAGGGUAGAAAAAUCGCCGUAAAGACUAAAGAACUGGGUGGAAAAAAUGUGAUAGUCUGAUCUACAUAACCAACCAAUCAAUCAGCCCACAUCGAUAACACCAAGGAAUGUCAUCCCGCCAUGCCGCUGCUACUCACCCUCGUCAUGGCCGUCCUCCUGGCCGGCCUCCAAGCCGCCGCCGGCGCGCCACCCUCCCAAAUAGACGCCCUCUUGGCCUUCAAGCGAUCCCUCACCAUCCCACCCGCAGCCGCCGCCUUCUUCGCCACGUGGGACGCCACCGCUGCCUCGCCCUGCAACUUCACCGGCGUCACCUGCGACUCACGCCACUCCGUCGUCAUCGGUGUGUCCGUACGGGAGCGCGGAGUCGCUGCCGCGUCCAUGCCGUUCGGCGUCAUCUGCAGCUCACUGACGAACCUCACCACGCUCUCCCUGCCGUCGAACGCGCUCGCCGGGGGCAUCGACGGGGUCGUCGCGUGCACGGGGCUUGAGGAGCUCACCCUCGCCUUCAACUCCUUCUCCGGCGCCGUGCCGGACCUCUCGCCGCUGACCAGUCUCCGCAGGCUCAACGUCUCGACUAACAGCUUCUCCGGUGCGUUCCCUUGGACCGCGCUGCCCGCCAUGCCAGGCCUCACCGUGCUCGCCGCGGGAGACAACCCGUUCCUCGAGCCGACCAGUUCUUUCCCCGCCGAGGUCACCGAGCUCACCAACCUCACCGUGCUCUACCUCUCUGCCGCCAACAUCGUCGGCGCCAUCCCGCGGGGUAUCGGGAACCUAGUCAAGCUCGUGGACCUCGAGCUCGCAGACAACAACCUCACGGGCGAGAUACCCCCGGAGAUCGCCAAUCUCGUUAACCUCCGGGGCCUCGAAAUGUACAACUGCUCCCUUACCGGAGCUCUCCCGCGGGGGUUCGGAAAGCUGACGAAGCUACAGUCCUUCGACGCGUCACAGAACAUGCUAACCGGCGGCCUCUCCGAGCUCCGGUUCCUCACGCGGCUCGUGUCGCUUCAGCUGUUCUACAACGGCUUCUCCAGCGAGGUGCCCCUCGAAUUCGGAGACUUCAAGGAGCUCAUCAACCUGUCACUCUACGACAACAGCCUCACAGGCGAGCUGCCGCAGAGCCUCGGGAGCUGGUCGGAGCUGUCCUUCAUCGAUGUGAGCACGAACUCGCUGACGGGUCCGAUCCCGCUGGACAUGUGCAAGCGCGGCAGGGUUGCUGAAGCUGCUGAUGCUUGAGAAUAAAUUCUCCGGCGAAAUCCCGGCGACCUACGCGAGGUGCACGACCCUGCUGAGGUUCCGUGUCAGCCAAAACUUGCUCUCCGGCGAGGUACCCCAGGGCUUGUGGGCGCUUCCCAACGCC